UAUCGGAUGAUGCACUGAUCAACCCACCUUCGCUCAUCGUUUAAAACGCAGUUUUUCCCCCUGCAGCUUUGCACUGCGUAAAUCUACCUGCCGUGUGCCACCACUGCUCAGGAACAGCCAUCCACAUCCACCUGAAUCAUGCAGUCUGCUGAAGCCAAAUUCAACAGAAACAGCUUGUCUCUGACCCUGAAGCAAUACAGCUCAGCUGUCAGCGACAUGGAGAAGACCAUCCUCCUGCCAAGCCUGCUGCGAGACGUCCCCUCUGACUGCGAAGCAGCAGAUGAGACCUGCAGAGAUCUCUAUGCCAACUACUUGAUGCUGAAGGCCAUUCGAAACACAGUUGAGAGCAGCCUGGUUCCCCUGGACGAUCACAAGGCCAAAAACGCCACAUUCACCAAGACCCCGGAACCUUUCCUGGAGGCUGAUCCUGAAGCAUUAUUUCUCUUCCAUCUGAGAGGACUGUUUUCUGUGAUGAGCGACCUCACAAAGGAGACUCGGAGCCUCACUGACAAAUACUUGGACAUAAUUGGAUUGGCAAAUUAACGUCAAAACAUUGUUUGCAGACAUUGACCUUUAGGGUUUUAUUGUAAAUGUGAUGUGGAUGUGAAAUAAAUGUACUUGAGCAAAAC